AUGUCCGGCCCUGCCAUGGACCACCAGGAGCCCUACUCGGUGCAGGCCACCGCCGCCAUCGCGUCGGCCAUCACCUUUCUCAUCCUUUUCACCAUUUUCGGCAAUGCGCUGGUCAUUCUGGCUGUGUUGACCAGCCGCUCACUCCGUGCACCACAAAACCUGUUCCUGGUGUCACUAGCAGCAGCCGACAUCCUAGUGGCUACUCUUAUCAUCCCUUUCUCUCUGGCCAACGAGCUGCUGGGCUACUGGUACUUCUGGCGUGCGUGGUGCGAGGUCUACCUGGCGCUAGACGUACUCUUCUGUACCUCCUCCAUCGUGCACCUGUGCGCUAUCAGCCUGGACAGAUACUGGGCAGUGAGCCGAGCUUUGGAAUACAACUCUAAGCGCACUCCGCGCCGCAUCAAAUGCAUCAUCCUCACUGUUUGGCUCAUUGCAGCCGUCAUUUCUCUACCGCCCCUCAUCUACAAGGGCGACCAGCGCCCCGAGCCCCACGGGCUCCCCCAGUGUGAGCUCAACCAAGAGGCCUGGUACAUCUUGGCUUCCAGCAUCGGAUCUUUUUUUGCUCCUUGCCUCAUCAUGAUCCUCGUCUACCUGCGAAUCUACGUAAUUGCCAAACGCAGUCACUGCAGAGGUCUCAGAGCCAAGAGGGGCUCUGGGGAGGGUGAGUCCAAGAAGCCCCGUCCGGCCGCUGGGGGAGCUCCAGCCUCAGCUAAGGUACCCACCCUGGUCUCUCCUCUAUCUUCUGUUGGAGAGGCCAAUGGACACCCCAAGCCUCCAAGAGAGAAGGAGGAGGGGGAGACCCCUGAAGAUCCCGAGGCCAGGGCUUUGCCACUCAGUUGGUCUGCCCUUCCCAGAUCAGGCCAAGGCCAGAAGAAGGGGACUAGUGGGACAACUGCAAAGGAGGGAGCUGAAGAGGACGAAGAGGAGGUGGAAGAAUGUGAACCCCCAACACAGCCAGCAUCUCCUGCCUCGGUAUGCAACCCACCCUUGCAGCAGCCUCAGACUUCCCGGGUGCUGGCCACACUUCGUGGCCAGGUGCUUCUGAGCAAAAAUGUGGGUGUUGCCAGUGGGCAGUGGUGGCGCCGACGGACACAGCUGAGCCGGGAGAAGAGGUUCACCUUUGUGCUGGCCGUGGUCAUUGGUGUUUUUGUGGUCUGCUGGUUUCCUUUCUUCUUCAGCUACAGCCUGGGGGCCAUCUGCCCACAGCACUGCAAGGUACCGCAUGGCCUCUUCCAGUUCUUCUUCUGGAUUGGCUACUGCAACAGCUCUUUGAAUCCUGUCAUCUACACCAUCUUCAACCAGGACUUCCGUCGUGCCUUUCGAAGGAUCCUUUGCCGCCAAUGGACCCAGACUGGCUGGUGA